AGUGUUCUUUGACAGCGGCUGAGGGAAGGGCGCAGGGAAGAUGAAGGCGCUCACUGUGUGUUAAGACCUGCAGUGUAGCUUCAGUUUAUCCUCUUUUUCAUUGAUAAUGCUCGGAGUGAAGCCGUGAGGAAUUGUUUUAGCGAACAGAAGAAAGAAAAACAGCCCCGCGCGGUUCGCUCAGAGAUGGAGACUCUAAUACCCAUCAUUAAUCGCCUGCAGGAGGUUUUCCUCACUGUUGGAGCAGAGAUCAUUCAGCUUCCGCAGAUCGUGGUGGUCGGAUCACAGAGCAGUGGGAAGAGUUCAGUGUUGGAGAGUUUGGUUGGACGAGACUUUUUGCCCCGUGGUUCAGGAAUAGUCACACGUCGCCCUCUAGUGCUGCAGCUGGUGAAUGUCCCACCACUGGAGGAGCGUCGGAAACAUGAGCACGGAAAUGGAACCAAAGCAAACUCUCAGAGCAGCUAUCCAGGAAUCAAAGCAGAGGAAUGGGGAACCUUCCUUCAUUGCAAAAACCAGAUUUUCACAGAUUUCUCAGAAAUUCGCAGUGAAAUCGAAGCGGAGACUGAUCGUGUCACCAACAACAAGGGUAUCAGUCCAGAACCCAUCCACCUGAAGAUUUUCUCUCCUAAUGUUCUGAACCUCACCUUGGUUGACUUGCCUGGAAUCACAAAGGUUCCAGUUGGUGACCAGCCGGAGGACAUCGAGACUCAGGUUCAAGAGAUGAUUCUGUCCUUCAUCUCCAACCCAAACUCCCUCAUCCUGUGCGUGUCCCCUGCUAACUCUGACCUGGCCACGUCCGACGCUCUUAAACUGGCCCGGGAAGUGGACCCAGAUGGUCGAAGAUCUCUCUUGGUUGUGAGCAAGUUGGACCUGAUGGAUGCUGGAACAGAUGCACUGGAGGUUCUCCUGGGCAGGGUCAUCCCAGUCAGGCUGGGCAUCAUCGGAGUGGUCAACAGGAGCCAACACGACUUAAACACCCAGAAGACUGUGGAGGACGCUGCCCGUGAUGAGCAGGCUUUCCUGCAGCGCCACUACCCAUCCCUGGCCUCCCGCUGUGGCUCGCGCUACCUGGCCCGAACCCUGAGCCGCCUGCUAAUGCACCACAUCAGAGACUGCCUUCCUGAGCUAAAGACCCGCGUGACUGUGCUGAGCGCCCAGUACCAGACUCGUCUCAGCAGCUACGGCCAGCCUGUGGAGGACCACAGCGCCACCCUGCUUCAAAUCGUCACCAAGUUCGCCAGUGACUACUGCAACACCAUAGAGGGCACGGCCAGGCACAUCCAGACCUCUGAACUGUGUGGUGGUGCUCGGAUCUGCUACAUAUUCCAUGAAACAUUUGGGCGAACCCUUCAGUCCAUCGAUCCUCUGGGGGGACUCACCGAGCUGGAUAUUCUUACUGCCAUCCGAAACGCCACAGGUCCACGGCCAGCACUGUUUGUUCCUGAGGUGAGCUUUGAGCUGCUGGUGAAGAGACAGAUUAAAAGACUGGAGGAGCCCAGCCUGCGCUGUGUGGAGCUUGUUCAUGAGGAGCUGCAGAGGAUCAUCCAGCACUGCUCAUCUUACAGUACGCAGGAACUUUUGCGGUUUCCAAAACUGCAUGACUCUAUAGUGGAGGUUGUGACCACCUUACUCAGAAAACGUCUUCCGAUCACCAACGACAUGGUCCAUAAUCUGGUGCAAAUAGAACUGGCCUACAUCAACACUAAACACCCAGACUUUACUGACGCUGCACAAGUGUCCGCUUCAGUCAACAGCCAGCAGACUGAGUCUCUGGAUGGAGGCAGGAAAUGGAAGAAUGAGAAAAUUCCCUCAGAAGAUAAAGGCCCGGUGCCUGGAUUUGGAAGCCCCAGCAAAGCAGUUAACUUAUUAGACACGGCUGUGCCGAUCUCCAGAAAGCUGAGCACUCGAGAGCAGCGGGACUGCGAGGUGAUCCAGCGCCUCAUCAAAUGCUACUUCCUUAUUGUGCGCAAGAACAUCCAAGACAGCGUGCCCAAAACAGUGAUGCAUUUCUUGGUGAACUUUGUGAAGGAGCGGCUGCAGAGCGAGCUUGUGGGGCAGCUCUAUAAGCAGCCUCUGCUGCAGGAUCUUCUCAUCGAGUCUCAGGACACAGCGCAGCAACGGACAGAGGUGUCCCAGAUGCUGGAGGCACUGAAGAAAGCCAACAACAUCAUCUCAGAGAUCAGAGAGACUCACCUGUGGUAGCCGAGCUUUCUCAGCGGAGACAUGUUGACACGUCGAGUGUGUGUGUUUACAUGUGUGUGUACAUGUAUGAAUGAGGAUAAAGUGAGUUCUUCAUAUCUGUAUCAAAUACAUAUUUAAAGAAUUUCAAUGAGCAUCAUCAGAACAAAUAUAUAUAUAAUAUAUAUAUAUAAUGUACACAUUUGUACAUUUGUUGUUUUUCAGGUACUUGGUUCUACUGUAUAUACACCUCCUUCUUUAAAUAUGUAUUUGAGUAAGCGAGUUUGCGAUCAUCUGUGUGUGUAUGUGUGUGUGUUGGAAGCAUGUCAUGAAAAUGCACUGAGCUUUAAAGGAAUACGUAUCCAUUUUUCCUAUCUAAUCUCAAUGUGCUACAUCUGAUACCAUAUCCAGUAAUUUGUACGUUCUGCAGCAGUUGGUAGUAGAAGAACAGAAGACCUGUUAAUGAAAAAUCUCACAGUGCUUGUGGGUUAAAGCAAUAUCCCACUGUUUUGUAUGUACUCUGGUGUCUGUGUACUUUUUUCCAGAUAUUCCACCUCUCAAAAACAAAGGCAGGUGAAUUGGCAGGGCUAAAUUUCCCCCUAGACAUGAGUGACAGGAUGUGUGCCAUAGAGUGUCAUCAUGUUCAGAUGAUUAUAUUCCUGUAUUCUUGCCUCACACCCAAUGAUUGUGGGUUGGCUCUGGAUUCACAUCAAUCCUGUCCACCUCCCACAAGAAAAAAUACACAUGGCACAUUAUUUGGCAAUGCUAAAAUCAAAAUUGCCCCCUGAGGAGUUAGUAAAUUGGUGUGUCCAGGUGGUAUUCCUGUCUUGUGCCCACUUAUUCACAUAAAUGUCUGUUCUUCCAUAGCCAAAUUAGAUACAUUUAUAUAUACAGCUCUGUAAAAAAAUAAAAUAAGGGAUCACUUUAGUUUCUGAAUCAGUUUCUCUGAUUGUGCUAUUUAUAGGUAUAUGUUUGAGUAAAAUGAACAUUGUUGUUUUAUUUUAUGAACUGUGGACAACAUUUUUCCCAAAUUUCAAAUUAAAAUAUUGUCAUUUAGAGCAUUUAUUUGAAGAAAAUGAGAAAUUGCUGAAAUAACAAAAAGAUGCAGAGCUUUUAGACCUCAAAUAAUGCAAAUAAUUCAUAAAGUUUUAAUAGUUCAGAAAUGAUUUUUUUUUUAUCAUAGUGUUCAUGCAUCUUGGCAUGUUCUCCUCCACCAGUCUUACACACUGCUUUUGGAUAACUUUAUGCCUUUACUCCUGGUGCAAAAAUUCAAGCAGUUCAGUCUGGUUUGAUGGCUUGUGAGCAUCCAUCUUCCUCUUGAUUAUAUUCCAGAGGUUUUCAAUUUGCUUAAAUCAAAGAAACUCAAAUAAACUAAUCAUUUUUAAGUGGUCUCUUUUUUUUUUUUUUAGAGCUGUAUGGUAUGUAUAAAUAUAUAUUAUAUUCUACAGAUGUGGCACCUCAAGAUUAGGUUGGAAAACGCUGCAGUAUUCCUAUAGAGAUUCCUAUUUAAGACUCCAGCUACUGUGCUGCAUAUUUCUAGCCAUGAAAAUUUCCUCAAAUGUCCAGUUUUUGGGGAGCUCAACAUGACCUCGACUGAACAAAGCUAUUUAUUUGAUUGGCAGUAAUGAUAACGAUCAUGUCUUUUGAAAUGGACUGCAGCAGCCUUUCCUGCAAUGCCAAACACAGACCAAUCAUCCUCUCGCCCUUAACUGGAACCGACCACGUCGAUGUAAUUGUGUCCCAAAAUGUCUGUGCCAAUUCCAUUCUCCUAGUCAAAGUGUCCUGAAUAUUACUGAAGCGCUCGUCUGCCUGCUCUGCUCUUUUACAGAAGAAACGGAGAGGUACUGGAACAUGUGUUUAAUAAAUGGAGUCCCUAUUCAAAUCCACAGGGGGAGUUAGUUAGUCCUGUUUGCUGCCUGGGGAGUCUUUAUAUAGACGUUUAAUAAUGAAGAAUAGAGCCCGAUGAACAGUAACGAAAUCAUUGCAGCAGAGCAUUGUUCUUUAUAAAGUGUCAGUAAAUUAAGACUGUAAAUAUAGUACAGUAUGUAAAGUAUGUGGUGUCUGUAAGUUAUUGGUGGAUAUAAAUAUAUAGGCUGAUUUUCAGGGCACCGCUGUCGGUUAGGUGCAGUUGUCUUUCUGUUCGCUGGUUACUUGUUUAUUUAUGGAAAACGGGUUACAAUAAUGGUUGUGACAGUUUUUUGGGCUGUGUGACUGUGUGAAUAUGGUGCUGUAACUCGUGAGAGGGAAAACCAACCAUUUUUGCUUCUUUCUUUUGAGUCUUCAUCUACCAAAUCAAAUCUGUACUCUGUGCUUAGUUAGCAUGGACAUGUAUUUUGGUGCAUUACCGUACACUUGGUUCCGGUAAGACAGAGCAGGAUUAGCUGGUGGUUCAUCUUAUGUAGCUUUUUUUAACACUGUAAACACGCAGGCUACAGUCUGAUAUACUCCUCUCUGAACGGCAAAAGAGCUAGCUCUUAGCGCGGCUAGCGACUAAUGCUAAUACUGCUCAAGCAGUGCUUGCCGGGGUUAGCAGCAGGCUACAGUCCGAAGAGUGCCACUAAUGCUUAGUGGCUAAUGCUAAUACUGACAGCCUAUAUGGUAAAAUUCAUACAAAAGGUACACUGAUGAUUUUUGGGAAAAUUUGAGGAUUUUAAGUGCGCCUUAUAGAGACUUCAAAGAGUUUUAUCCCGUGUUUGACCACCAUAAACAAACAAAAAAAGUUGUUCUAAUUGUUUUUCCCUAUUAAUGCUGGUCUUUAUCUAAUCUCAGUUUUGACCACUGGGGUCAUUAAUUUAGUAUUUAGUAGCAAAAAGCUCCAUUAAGCAGCAAAAGCAGAACAUUCAGAUAACAGAAUAUUUUGUCUUUUUCUUGUAAGUUGUAUCAGUUUCUGCCUUAGAAGGAAAAACGAGUCGUUCCCGAUUCUUUUGCUUUCUUUCAGGAUGCAUUUUGCAGUAUUUAGCACCAAAAAAAGAGAAGAGAACUAAAACUUCACUGAAUCUCUUUUAUUUAUGCUGUACCUCAGUGGAGUAGGGUUCGGUUUGCUGCUUUAUAUAACCUGACUGGUAGAAAUUAUACAUAAGGUGCACAGAACUAUAAGGCACACUGUUGAUUUUUUGGGGGGAAAAUUUAAGGAUUUUAAGUGCACCUUAUAGCACAAAAAAUACGAAAAUUGUAAUAAAUGACUAAAAAUGGCAACUUUACAGUAGAAGAAAAUCAAGUCAUGUUGGCAUAUUACUGUUGGUCCAAACUAAAGAUUUACUGAUGAAAUUUAGCCACUGUCCAUUGGCUUCUAUUAUAAGUGAGUUUCAAGUCAACAUAAUUGUUUUUAUUUUUUUUUUAUUCCAAAGCGAACAGAGAAACAAUCAGACAGUACUGUAUAUGUGCAUAUGUGGUAAUUUCCCCUUACGCUACAGAUGUUCCAGAUAGAGAUCACCUAGAACGAUAAAUCAAAUAAAGAGACCAGAAACUCUGGGUACUACUAAUGGUACAGCCUAAGGUAUAUCCAUUAUCCAUUUAUCCAUUCUGCUCAAAUCAGUGGUCAAAUGAUCUGAGCCCCUUUCUUUGAAUCAUUAAAGCGUUAGCUUGUUUUGAAUUAGCCGAUAUGAGCUGAAAAUAGGCGAUCAAAGAAAUGAGAUUACAGCUGUGGGCUGCAGUGUGCAAAGAACAAAAGGCCUUUCAUCAUUACCUCCAAAAUGAAACGAUUGGAAUCAGUCUGCUUGUGUCAGGGUCCUGGCUGUUCUGUAAUAUUUAUGGAUGUCUGACUAUUUAUAGUCUGAAUGAGAAGGGGUGUGCGUGCGUGUGCGUGUGUUUGAGUACAUGUUGGGGAUUGAGCGUUGGUGCUGGAGCUGUUUUAAAGCAGGUGUAGGCUGCUGAGUAGGAAUGCGUUUGUCUUGGCUAUUCAGUCUCAGAUAUGAAGAUGGUAUGUAUUAUUAAUAGCAGCAGUGAAGUGGAGAAGCGUACAUUGCCUGCCAGACUUUUGGGGGCAGCGAGUGCUCAGCCCAUGUGUUUUUAAUACAGGUGAGCUUGUCUGUUUAGUCUUUACUAUGUUGGACUGUACCACCUUGGGAUGAAUGACCAACCCCUUAUGUUUUAUUCACCUUGUUUUGGGGAAAAGAACAGAGUUUUAAAGUGUUCUUCUCCAUACAGAGGCAGAGGCCUUGAUAAACCAGAAGAUAGAAGAUAGAAGAAGGAACAAUCCACAACAACAUUUUUGGGUACCAUGUUUGUAGUAGAGAUGUUUAAAAGUUUGAAGAACCUGUGAAUUGAUAAAAAAAAAGACCCAAAAACUUUCUAUUAAAGUGAUUGCACCAAGCAUGCUAUAAAAAAUACUUUUACAAUGUGCAUUGAGAUGCAGACUCUAUGAAUCUUACUAAUUUUAAUGUGCCAGCUCUUUUCAGUUCCAAUUCUGACCAAUUUCUUUGGUUUAACAUUACAUAAAUGAGCACACAAAGACUGAGUUUUCAUAUCUGAUGACUCCAUGUUCACAGUAGCUUUUGUAUCAGUGCCAUUAGCAGCUCUACAGUUGGUCAGGUAAACAGGAAAAGCUGUUGCAAACAGAAAAAAGGUCCCGGAACCUUCGAGGCGCCCUGUUUUUAGAAUGAAUGAAUAUGUCUUUGCAAGAAUAGUAGCAGGAGCACAUUAUUUCCAUUUAUUAUAAAAGUUUGCUCUCUCUCCAUUCAGGCACACUACUGCUUUCCAUUUAAAGGACUGCUGCUUUAAGUGUAAGCUUUUUAGGCUUUUAAAAGGUUCUUCAAAGUCUCUUUCACAAACAUGGUUCUAAAAUGAAGCUCCUUUAUUUUUUUUUUUUAGAGUGUGUUAAUACCUAGAUUAAUGAUCAAUAGCCACACUGUGAUUGGUCAGUGUACCUGUUUUCCUUAAUGGUGGUCUUUAGUAAUCAGGACACCCCAUGGAAAGCUGAUUUGUGAUUUUGGAACAUAACUUGGUUAUGCAUUAAAUUUGCUAGGAUGACCCGAUUUGGUGGUGAUGGCAGUUGUUUCAAAUGGUAUCCACUUAUAAACUACACUGAUACAGAACUAGUAGUAAAGUGUCUUAUGUCUUUUGCCCUGUCUCAUGGAGGCUAAACAAAACGACAAUGACCUACAGCUCCUUCUGCUUUGAAUGUGCCAUUCCCAUGGACAGUUCUAGCCAGAUGCCGCCAGUCACAAUCAUUACCAUCUAUUGUGCUGUCAGGUGUGGUAGGUUAUGCCCUUUUAUGACAUAUUCCCAAUACACAUAUGACCUUGUAGAUCAAUGUUAAAUGUCUGCACAAAUGGGGGCUCUGAGUGGUCCAGCGCGGUAAGCUAAACGCUGCCACUAUGAUCAAGAGAUUGCAGGUUCGAAUCCUGUUCAUGUAGCUUGCCAUCAGCUGCCGAAGCCCUGAGAGAGCAGAAUUGGCCAUGCUCUCUUGCUGGGUGGGUAGAUGGCACGCUCUCCCGCCAUCACUUCUGAGGACGAUGUUAAUCAGCACAGGGCAUCUGAGAGCUGAUGUAUCGGAACCGAGUUACUCUGCUUUCCUCCGAGCGCACUGUGAAUGUGCUAGUUUUCACCCUCCUGGUGUUGGGACAUCACUAGUAAUAGGGAGUCUUAAUGAGUUGGUUGAGUAAAUUGGGAAAAAAAAAUGGGGGGGAAAAAAAAUAAACAUGUCUGUACAAAUUUGGAAAUGGAAUGUCCAAUCCGUCUGACACCCACUAUGAGACCUUACUCAAACUCUAAUCAUUCAGGUUGACUUGCCAUGAGCAUGAUGGCCAGUGUUUAACCACACUCACAAGAUAACCCCUCACAACUUAUUUUCGAUGUUCCCAAAUGUUCCUAAAAUAAUGCAACACCUCCGGAUCAAUUUCUAUAUAUUACUAUCUCAUGAUUUUUGUCCAACAUUUUUGAUAAAUCUCAAAUGUCCAUAUUUUUAAAUAAUUUAAGAUAACGGCUUAAUGGGGUGUCCUAAAGUCUCUACAUAACUGUAUGUGAGAUGCAUUGGACAGUGGAUUAUCUGUACUGUUCUGAUGAUCGUUCUGGUGGACGGUUUAAUGCUGGGUUGAGGUGAGCUUUGCCUUCUGGUGGGUUAAGCAACCAGAAUGAGGGGGAACUGUGGCCUGCACUGUGUUAGGCUUCCAUAUCCUGAUCAGAAGUCGGAGUAAGCGUAUUAAAAAAGAAAAAUGUAACAUUUUUAUUCCUAAGAUUGUGUCUCUGCACUCCCAGAUCGUACAGAGAGGAUGGAUAUGUACUGGGGAGAGAGAGACUAGUUCUGGUGAAGGUCAGCAUACAAUAAGCUACUGAUCUGUCAAAGCUCUCAGAAAUGAACAGAUAAGAGAGAAAGAGGAGAGAAGGCGUGUGAGAGAGAACAAGGUUGAGGUGUCUGUGUGUGUGUGUGUGUCUGUGUGUGUGUGUGUGUGUGUGUGUGUGUGCAAGCUUUAAGAAAGAGCCUGGUCUGUCAGGUUUCUGUGCGGAUUGAAUAGAAUAGAGUUAAACUGAAUACAAUACGUGUAUUUUUCCCAAUUAAGCAGUUGAGUUGAGUGACAAAACCCACACACACACACACACACACACAUAUACGUAAGGAAGACAAGGACAUCCAUCUUGUCCAUCCUCUCAUAUAUAUGAUGAGUGUGUAUCUGCGCUGUGGAUUUUUCUCCCGUCCUUUGAUUUAACCAUUCUUCCUUGAAUAUUGGAUGACCUCUGGAUUCUGUGGAUGAGUCCCACUACUGUGUCCAAACUCUCUGAAUUUAAGAUACAGUUGAAAUAAGGAGAGAAAAAAACAGACUGUAGAUUAACUGAAUACUCCAUGUUUGUUUUUUCGAAGCAUAAGCUUCAUCAAUGACUAAACAUCUGAUAACAGGGUUCUUUUCAAUUCUGAUCUGUUUCAGCAAAGGAACAGUGAAAUUGUACUGCAUAACAGAGCUCUAGAAUAUGUGGACAUAUAGAGCUUAUCUAUAGUUCAUUAGGCAGCUAAACAUGCUUGGGGGAGAGCACUAAUCACCAGUUGUGUUACACAAGCUAACAGACGCCAGCUCCGCCUGGAAUCUCCUAGCAAGUGUUUGAGGGAGACUGAGGGUAAAAAGGUGGCUAGAGCAUCACCAGGGAUCAAACUAAUGCAAAUAACUUUUAGCAAAAAGCUCAUAAAGGUUGUGUAACACUGAGAACAAGCUUUUUAAGCUUUUACAAGCUUACAUGUAUAUUCCUGUGAUGCAGGUGAAGCAAUAAAAUUCCAAAAAUUGUUAUGGUCAUAUUUCAGUCAUGACUAUUAGAAGUGCUUCUUUAACAUAGACAGAUCUUGGCGUGGGGUGUUACUCUGCCGCCAUGUGUGUGUGAUGCAAUGAACAAAACAUCUGUAAGGCCUCUACUGUUUCUCAGCAAUGAAACAGAUUUGUGAAUAGAUAUUGUCCAUUAUAAAUAAUCCGUGUGCAUUGUCAGUAGUAAUGACAGACAGACAGGGAGAGAGACACAUGUGAAGUCAGUCACCGCCUCUUUUCAAACUGCUGCUGAUUGCACAGCACGCUCGGAGGAAAGCGCAGCGACUCGGUUCUGAUACAUCAGCUCACAGACGCCUUGUGCUGAUUGACAUCUUUUUUGGACACUUUUUGGAGUGAUGUGAGGAGAGAGCGUCAUCUACCCACCCGGAGAGAACAAGGCCAACUGUCAAUUGUGCUCUCUCAGGGCUCUGACAGCUGAUGGCAAGCAGCAUGACCGGGAUUCAAACCAGAGAUCUCCUGAUCAUUGUGGUAGUGCCUAUGCUGCAGGACCACUCUGCGUCACUUUUUUAUACUUCUGCUUUCGCAUAUCUAGAAGCAAAAUUGGGAAGGUGUGGAACACAGUGCUCCACGGGACCAAUCAUAGCUGCUGCUGCCUGAGUUGUGUAACGCAUAGUUACAUUUCAGUGGAGCUGCGCAUCCAGUGCACGGUACGUGUAGGCCAUGGCAUCGGGUACACGUCUACACACAAGGUACGCAUAAGCUAAUGGCAUGGGUUCGACACAAAAUUAGCAUUUAGGCUGUUGCACAACAUGAACCUGAAAACAGAUAUUUAUUAUUAUUAUAACCCUUUAUAACCCUUGUAUUUUCCCAAAUAGCUGUUGACCUAUUAUAAAAGGCUUUAACCUGCCACCCACCCCCUAUAAGAAGUGAACCCUGCUUUGCUUGAAAUCCUUUUUUUUUAAAUAAGGCAUCAUCUGAAGACCACGGUGAGCAUACCGUUUACAUACUACUCGUUUCUCUUACACUUCCAUUACUUUUUAACCUUGUUAGCCUUGAAGCUCUGCAGUGAAAUGAAUGAAACGACUUUAAACUCUUAUAAAUAAAGGCAUUAAAGGGGUUCUUUCUGUGAAACCAUAGAUUACCCACAUUUGGUUCAAUAAAAAAGUGUUUUUCAGGAAAUGUGCAGUAUGUGUGAAGAACAUUUUAUAAAAUGAAUAUACCAAUUUAAUGAUUCUUCACUCUUAUACUUCAAAUACAAAAAUAGUUUUCAAUAGAAUAAAAAAAUGGUUAUUCUGUAGCAUCAUUUAGAGAACCCUUCAAAAGCACCAAACAUGGCUAUAAUUAAAUACUUUUAAAUACUACUUUGUUGUAAGAGGAAAACUGCGUAAAUUGUUUUUUUUUUUUUUGCCAGGUUAUCUCCUUGAUAUAAUUCAUUUUCAUCCCCUUUUUAUGACCUGCCAUAUUGAAACAUGUUUGCAUGUGUGUGUGUUCAUUGUAGAAGAAGCGAAUGUGUGCGUGUUCUUCUGAUUUUAUGUAAUAUAACAUCUCCACAAAAUGCCUGUGAGUUCUUGCCUGCCAAUUUAGUUCUUUUUUUUUCAGUUCUUGUGAUACAUACUGAUGUACUUGUGUCUGUUCGUUUGGAAGAACAUCAUUAAAAAUUGAACGCAAGCCUUUCCUCUCCUCCUUCAUAUUCGACAGCAGAGGAACAAAUGAUUCAUAUUUGUUGGCCUUUGCUCUGCAGUUUUCUGCAGCGGAAUGGAGAAUGGAGAAUGGAGAGAGGAGCGAGCGCCGUCAGCCUGAA